AUGAAUGACAACAACCUCCCACUUAUUGCCGAAAAGGCGAUCAACACCGUCCUGAGCUUCCAUGACGAGAGACACACAGGCCUUGGUGUUGCACAUACAAAGAUCAUAAGAGACAGAAUCGCAGAGGUGCUCCCUCUCCGGUCGAUCGCAGCCGACCCGAAUACCGCAAACGUCGAGCUCGUCUGCGACGCGGCCAUCGCAUGCCUCGAUCUCUACAACCAGGAACACCAGGACAAACCCGUCGAGGAGAAAUGGAUGUACCUCUGCGUGCAGAACCUCGCGUGCCCCGUUCUCCAGCCCGAGCUGGUGUGCGGCAGAGCUCCGCGCCUUCCGUCCCCGAAUGCCCCAGUCCCUAGCGAGGCUGUCCCGGCCACCACCACCCCCAACGAUCGCCCUCGAGCUGGAGUAGGCGAUGACGAGACACCCAGGCGCGACGAGCCCGAGGAUCACAGCGCCAGUGGCUCCAGGGCUACCACCGCCGCUGAGUCCCCGGCCCCACCCCCACCCACACCCACACGCGCUCUGAAGCGAGGCGGCAGCACCCGAGGCGACCCGUCUUCCCCUGCCGACAGCGACGAUCAGGCAGAGCCCACCAGCAGUGCGCGUCGCUCAAAGAAGAGGAGGUCGAACGGGCCGCCGGUCGCGAACGGGAAGGAGGCGUGGGGGGACGAGGAGAUCACGAAGUUGAUCAAGUGGAAGGCGCAGGGCAUGACCCACAAGGAGAUCGGCGCCAUUCUUGGCAGGAGUGAGCCCGCGUGCGCUAUCCGACACUCACUUGUCCUUAAACAGGACAGGUGGAGCAACUUUGCUAGGGAGUACCGCGAGAGGCGGGCCGCUGGUGAGGACUCGGACGAGGAGGAUGAGCCCGCAGAUAAGGGUGAGCCCACAGAGGAUGAUGAGCCCGCAGAGGAUGAUGAGCCCGCAGAGGAGAGUGAGCCCGCAAAGGAGGGCGAGCCCGCAAAGGAGGGCGAGCCCGCAAAGGAGGGCGAGCCCGCAAAGGAGAAUGAGCAGAUAGAGCCGGCGGAGGACGAACAGAUGGAUUCACAAGCCACAGAAGUCAUAGACGCCGCAGAAACUUGA